AUUAUAUUUACGUAAAACAUAGUGUAUAGCUUUCACAACGAUUUUGUAUAGAAUGGUUAUUUGGAUGACUGCAGCCUAGCCAUAUGAAUGUCUUAUAGAUUCUACAUUUCGUUGUGUCCAUAAAAAAUUACAAUGUAUACCUGGAUUCUUUUUUGUUAACACAGCGUUUCCCUUUAUAUUCGAAUGUAGUCGUAUUUGAAUAUUUAUGCUACUUUAUAUCGCACUCAAUUGUAAUUUAUCCAUUUAAUGCUCCAGUUUGUGUCUAGUGGAAAGAACGUUGGAUGUUAAACUAGAUGGUGGAUAAUUCUGAAUGCGUCUAACACGUUAGAUGGCAUUUUAUUGAGCUGAUGGGCCCUUUGUUAUUACUAUUUUGGUUAUGCGUUUUCGCUAAUGGGCCAUAUAUAUUAAUUAAAGCGUAUUUAAGGAGAUCCGCAUCAUCUUCAAGAAUUGAAUGUUUACAUUCUGUUCCGGAUUCAGGAAAAUUUAGAUACACUGUAAAAUCACCUCUUGAAUGCAGUAUUCGAUCAUCACGUUUAAUCGGUACAAAUGGCAUUGAUCGUAGUUUUUACCACAUUGUUAUUGAGCACAACGGCUUAUACAAAUAUGAGCCUGGUCAGUAUUGCGGCGUGAUACCUCCAGGCAUAUCGGAGAGAACGAAGCGGAAAUAUGCACCCAGGUCAUACUCUUUGGCUCCGGUGUUGGAUGACGAUGGCGUUGAUCCUUCAACAUCUUUCUCGUUAGGCAUACGCGCACCCAUUAUCCUUCCUGAGAACAAACAUAUGUUCCGUGAUAUUUGUAUAUGUUCCCAAUUUCUAUCAGGUGCUAUUCCUGGUACUCCUGUAAGUGUAACAGGCCCUUUUGGCAAGUUUGUGUUGUCUCCUGGUGACCUUACUGGAGAUCGCAAUUUGCUUUUUAUCGCUACCGGUAGUGGAAUUGUUCCCUAUAUGGGAUUUUUGAAAGCCAUUUUGGAAAAGUCCAAUUCCAAAAUCAUGGAAUUGGGCCGCAUAUUGUUGCUCUUUGGUGUUCAAUCACCUGAUACAUAUUUGUAUAGAGACACCAUUGAGAGAUAUGUAUCAGAUUUCAAUGGCCGUCUGACAGUUAUCCCUUGUUAUUCACGCUAUGGAGUGGAUUCAGAACGUGGUUAUGUACAGGAUGUUAUACUACGUGAAAUGGACAUGGUUAAGUCCUUAUGCUCCUAUGGAGGUUUGGAGUGCAGCGUUUACAUAUGUGGGCACAAGUCCAUGAAAAAUGCAGUUAUGGAAUCAUUGAUGACGGUCUUUGAGGGCGAUCCAAAACGCAAUGCGAUUAUGAAUGCUGUGAAGGUUGAAGUCUACGAGUGAUAAUAUAGCUUAUUGUUAGCAUUUUCAUUGUACCUUAACCAAAUCAU